UACUUCGCACGCGACAAACUCACAGAUCAAAGCAAUGGCGAAAGUACAACCAAACAAUCUCUCACCAUGCCGCCAUCUAUCACCACACGGAAGGAUGUUCGGAGCUAAUCGAAGAAGGUCGGAGGGGAGGAGAUGAUGCUUGGCAAGAGCUCCAUGGACCUGGUUCUUGUCCCCUGUGCGCUGGCGGUCAUGGUCGGCUACCACCUCCUCCUCCUCUACCGCAUCUUCCGGCGCCCCCACACCACGGUGAUCGGCUACGAGAACCACAACAAGCUCGCCUGGGUCCAGCGCAUGGCGCGGACGGCGGAGCCGGAGGAGGUCGCGCUGGCGCUGAGCGUGAUCUCCGACGGCAUCUCGGCGUCGAUCACGCUGGCGUCGCUGUGCAUCGCGCUGGCCUCGCUCAUCGGCGCGUGGGUGAGCAGCGGCGCCGGCGGCGCGAGCGACGCGCCGGCGGCGAAGUACGCCUGGCUCCUGGCUUGCUUCCUGGCGUCCUUCACCUGCUUCGUCCAGUCCGCGGGGUGCUACGUGCACGCCAGCUUCCUAAUCAGCGCGCUGGGCUCCGACGCGCCGGCGAGCCACCUGCCGCGCGCGGUGCUCCGGGGCGGCGGCUUCUGGGCCGCGGGGCUCCGGACGCUCUACCUCGCCACGGCGCUGCUCGUGUGGGACGUCUUCGGGCCGGCGGCCAUGCUCGCCUGCUCCGCGCUCACCGUCGCCGUGCUUUACCUGCUGGACGGCAACUCCAUGCCGCCGCACCGCCACCAGUUCUUGACAACGGCGGGCCCAUCGUGUUCUCCCAGUUGAUGAAUUGAGAAGCUUGUCAUGUUCUCAAAGCUCUUCCUUGUUGUAGCAGAAAAUGUGUGACGUUCAAUGAGAUGGCUUAACUGAAAGAGUUUAUCACAAUUUUCUUUUCAGCAUAGUCAUGCCCGGCACCGCAUUCACAGCACAAGGCAUGCCAAGCAAGAUUAGUUGUUAAGAUUCGUAGGUUGUGCAUGACAGAGAUAUUAUCUUAAGGAUAUUAUCAUGUUAUUCCACUAAAUCACAUUAGAUCGUACAGUUCUUAUUUUCCAAUCAACUAUAUCAGCAGAUAAAUAAGCAUUGUGCACCUAGGCACAAAAACAACCCAUAAAAUGGGCUGAAC